AUGUCAGCUCAAGACCAGCCAGCUUUCGUUGUUCUUGACACCAAUCAAGGCACUAUAACUAUUGAACUUUAUUGGAAGCAUGCCCCAAAGACAUGUCUUAAUUUUGCUGAGUUAGCAAGGCGUGGGUACUACAAUAAUGUUGCUUUUCAUCGUGUUAUUCGAGAUUUCAUGAUACAAGGUGGCGACCCAACAGGUACUGGUCGAGGUGGAGCAUCAAUAUAUGGCUCUUACUUCGCGGAUGAAAUUCACCCUGACCUAAAACACACAGGUGCUGGAGUUGUUUCAAUGGCGAACGCCGGUCCAAAUACAAAUGGCAGUCAGUUUUUUAUAACUUUGGCUCCUACACAGUGGUUAGAUGGUAAACAUACUAUUUUUGGACGUGUUGCUUCCGGUAUGAAAGUUGUUCAGCGCCUCGGUAUGGUCGAUGUUGAUCAAGCAGAAAGACCUCGUGAGGUUAUCAAGAUAAUCCGUGCGAACACAACGAACACUGUAUAA